UUUUGCUACAUUAUUGAUCUCAACAAAUUAUUAAAUGAGUAGGAACACUAGUUUGUUCAUUUUGACAAAGACGAAACCUCGUUUAUUACUCCUUUUGGUUCUUUAUUGUUAAAUCUUUUGUAUAUAAGAGUUCGAGAUGCAAGUGCAUAUCUCCGCAUAGCAUUAGAAAAGUUUCAAAAAAUAAAAAACAUUGAAUAUUAAUGGAGUCGUUUGAUCUUUCUAAUGAAAGAAAAGCGUUCGACGAGAUGAAAAUGGGCGUGAAAGGCCUGGCGGAUUCGGGAAUCACUGAGAUUCCUCCCAUGUUUCGUGCACCUCCGACUAUUUUAGCAAGCUUGAAAGCAGCACAUCAGCAGGUGAAGAUCCCAACCAUCGAUCUCAAGGGAGGAAGCGUGAAGUACAAGAACCAAGAUUCGAUGACAAGGAGGGACGUGGUGGAGCAGGUCAGAGAAGCGGCUGAGAAAUGGGGUUUCUUCCGAGUGACCAACCACGGGAUCUCGCUCGAGUUGCAGGAGAAGAUGCUUGGAGGGAUUCGUGGGUUUCACGAGCAAGACCCACAAGUUAGAAAACAGUUCUACUGUCGUGAUCACACUCGAAACUUUCUUUACUACACCAACGUUGAUCUCUUCACCUCUGCUUCCGCCAGUUGGAGAGAUACGAUUAUUUGCUAUACGGCCCCUGAUCCUCCCCGAUCUCAGGACUUGCCUGCCGUCUUCGGGGAGACUAUGUUGGAGUACUCAAAGGAAGUGAUGAGGUUAGGUGAAUUGAUCUUUGAGCUUCUAUCAGAGGCUUUGGGAUUGAACCCUAAUCACCUCAAGGAUAUGGACUGCGCCAAGUCUCAAAUGAUGACUGGCCAAUACUACCCACCUUGCCCUCAGCCUGACCUUACUUUAGGCUUAAGCAAGCACUCCGACUUUGCUUUUCUCACCGUUCUACUUCAGGACAAUAUUGGAGGGCUUCAAGUUCUACAUGACCAAGCCUGGAUUGAUGUUCCUCCUGUCCCUGGAUCUUUUGUCAUUAACAUUGGAGAUCUUCUACAGUUCAUAACAAAUGACAGGUUCAUAAGCGCGGAGCAUAGGGUGAUAGCGCAUGGAUCUUCAAAAGCGAGGGUUUCAGUGCCAUGUUUCUUUACCACGUUCAAGAAGGCGAAUCCUCGUGUAUAUGGACCCAUCAAAGAGCUUCUUUCAGAAGAUAACCCUCCCAAGUAUAGAGACUGUUCCAUCACCGAGUUCUCAAACAUCUUCAGUUCAAAAGAGAUUACCAUUCCUAGGUUACUCCAUCUCAGAAUCUGAAACAUUCAUCAUCAAUUGGUAUAUUCAGUCCAACUCUUAGUUACUUUUGGUCUUCCUCGAUCCGAUAAUAUUUACCGCGACACUAAUUCCUCUCCCUUCAAACGUGUUUGUAAAAUCUUUGAAAACCAGUAUAUUUCAUCUUCAAGCCAUCAUGUAAUACAAUAGUGUACACUUUAUCGAAGCUUAUAGCCUCAUUAUAAUUCGUUUUCUCAUAAAGAAUUUAUAUCUUUGUACGUAAAUGGAAAGAUCCAGCCCUGGA